AGUAGCCCAACAAAACCAAUUGAGUAAUGCAAUUUUGAGAACUGUUCUUGAAAAUAAUGAUUCGACGAUAAGACCUUCGAUUACUACUGGAUUUCGUUCAAUGCCACAUCUUUACAUCGACAUGAUUAACUUGGAUGAAUUUUUUUCUAAAUUAAUUGGUGGAAUCCUUUAUCCAUUUGAU